UCGGCCCGAGUCGUGCCAUGGAGCUGCACCACAUUCUACACUCGAGUGCGUCCUCUGAGGCGGCGUGGCGCUCCGGUGCGUGGACGGCCGAAGAAGAUCAGUAUCUCGCUGCCCUUGUCCAUGCCUUUUGCAACGGCCUGCUUCCAGCUGUGCCCCGAAACACGCAACUCCGCGGGUACCUCGCGAUCGAGCUCAGCUGCAACCCGAUGCGCGUCUCCAAAAAGCUCGGUCUCGGUCACCUUCUUGGCGAGCGACUGCCUCCCCGUGUCGGACGGCGCAUGUACCAGCCAAACGACGACGCUGGGAUGGCACGUAUUCAAACGACAGCGCAAGCACUCAACGAUCUCCGUCAGUCGUUUAUCGCCGCCUCGACGCGUCAAUCACAAGAGCGAGUGGUGCGAUCGCCGUCCUCCUCAACAACAAAAGCGAGCCGCGGUGGCAGCUGGUCGUGGGCCGAACAGGCGUACACGCUGCAGCUCAUUCGAUGCUUUGUGCAAGGCUAUGUCAACGUGCCGAGUGGCACGACGUUGCGGUCGUUUCUGGCGCGCCAGCUGCAGUGUUGUCCGAUGCGCGUGUCCAAGAAGCUGGGAUCGCGGUCGCUCUGUGGUGCCCAUUUGCCGCCGCGACUGGGGCGGGCGACAUUUGUCGCGCCACAGAAUUUGUCGCCGGCUCAGCAAACAGCAGCGAUGCGAGCUCUCGACAAGCUGCAGAGAUUGGACGACGCGCGUCGAUCUAGGAAGGAGUAGGGGCCGUGUGUUGUAGGUUUAGGUGUCGUAGUGCUUGUGCGGUGGGCAGCCAUCGACGCUUGUUAGGAGAUCGAUAG